AUGGAGAUGGCUCUGACAAACUUCCGCUUUGGGUCAUCGAUAGAAGAUCAUGUAUUAGAACCAGAAAAGAUAAGUAUCCUUGAUGGAAUUUUCAAGAUUGAUCCCACAUGCCUUACAGAGCUUGUGCAGAAGAAAAAUCUAGAAAAACUUUACGAGUUUGAUGGGAUUUAUGGCAAAGCUUCUGAUCUUAUAACAGACAUUGAUGGAGGAAUAUGUAGCACCGCAGAAGAUAUUGCUCUCCCACAUGAGGCAUUUGGUUCAAACACCUACAAGAGACCACCAUCAAAAAGCUUCUUUCAAUUUGUGGUGGAAGCAUUCAAAGAUCUUACGAUAUUGAUUCUUUUAGGUUGUGCAGUCCUUUCACUUGCUUUUGGCAUAAAAGAGCAUGGUCCAAAAGAAGGUUGGCAUGACGGUGGAAGCAUUUUUGUGGCUGUCUUUCUUGUCAUCGCUGUUUCAGCUGUAAGUAAUUACAGACUAAACCGACAAUUCGACAAGCUAUCAAAAGUGAGCAACAAUAUCCGAAUUGAAGUCGUUAGAAACGGUCGGCGCCAACAAAUUUCAAUAUUUGAUAUUGUUGUUGGAGACAUUAAAUGCUUAAAAAUCGGAGACCAAGUUCCUGCUGACGGAUUGUUCUUGGAUGGGCAUUCCUUACUGUUAGACGAAUCAAGCAUGACAGGGGAGAGUGAUCAUGUUGAGGUAAACAGCAGCCGUAAUCCAUUCUUGUUUUCUGGCACCAAAGUAGCUGACGGGUAUGCUCGUAUGUUAGCCACAUCAGUUGGUAUGAGCACACUAUGGGGCCCAAUGAUGAGUCAAAUAAGUCGGGACAGCGGUGAACAGACACCUUUGCAAGCAAGGCUCAACAAGUUGACUUCGGCAAUAGGCAAAGUUGGAUUGAUAGUUGCUUUCAUGGUUCUUUUAGUCUUGAUGGUUCGCUACUUCACAGGAAAUACAACAGACGAGAAUGGAAACCAAGAAUUUAUUGGAAGUAAAACAAAGGUUGACAACACUGUGAAUGCUGUUGUGGGGAUUGUAGCUACUGCAGUUACAAUCGUCGUAGUUGCUAUCCCAGAAGGUCUUCCAUUAGCUGUUACACUUACUCUUGCGGACUCUCACUCUUAA